CGGUGGCUGGUGGUGGUGUGGUACUUGGCCGAAUCGGCUUCGGCGGUCAUUGUCAAGCAGCCCUCUUCCAGGUGCGGCAGCCAUAUUUGUAGCGCAGAAAGUUGACGCUCAUCUAGAUCAACAGAAGGCUGCCGCAACAGAAGCAAGGUCCAAUUAGGUAUUAAGCCUAUCAAGAAUGGCUUGUGCAACGUUGAAGAGAACGCAUGAUUGGGAUCCUUUGCACAGUCCCAAUGGACGGGCACCUAAGCGAAGGCGGUGUAUGCCACUGUGCGUUUCACCGUCAACUCCACCAUCUCGGGCGCACCAGAUCUGUCCGUCACCUUUCGUUGAAGUGCCACCGAAGCUCUCUUCAGAGGAAAUUGCUGCCAACAUUCGGGAAGAAAUGAAACGGUUGCAGCGGCGCAAGCAACUGUGCUUUCCGACGCUUGAUUCCUCUCCACAGAGUGCAGACUCCCUUCCCAGCUCACCCACAGGAGGACUUCUGUCUCCUGUGCGAAGGGACCAACCUCUGUUCACCUUUCGUCAAGUAGGACUCAUCUGUGAACGAAUGAUGAAAGAGCGUGAAUGCCAGAUCAGGGAACAGUAUGACCAAGUUCUCUCUACCAAGCUUGCAGAGCAGUACGACACCUUUGUGAAGUUUACCUAUGACCAAAUUCAGAAGAAGUUUGAAGGUGCCACUCCAAGUUGGUUGGAUGGUGCCAAUGGUGUUCUCCAUUUAAAGCCUGACAUAUUGGUCACCGACUGUGUGUGGUCUGCCAAAAUAUGUGGAGGAUGAUUCAUGAUCUCUCCUAAACCGGAUCAUCUAUGGCAAGGAAGUUGUGUUGCACUAUUAACUUGUGCAUUCCUACCUAGGAGGUGACAACGUGGACAUAUUGAUGUGUUGUAGUGUGGGAGAAGCAAGGACUCGUGGUGUGCGGCAACGUGGUAUUGGUGCCACAUUAUUUUUUUUUUUCCUGUGUGUGUGUGUGAAUCUUUUUUUUUUUACCCACACUUAAAAAAAAGAACAUUGGAUGAUAAUGCUUUACGCCUUGUCGGUCAAAAGGGCCGUGUGCUAUCUUUUGUCACAACAGCUUUGUCCUCUUUAGAGCCAUUCAUUAUGGUUUGUCCUGAAACUUUUUUUAGUGACUAGUGACAGCACUUAACAUAGCAUAUCAUUACUUUGUGGCAAAUUUAGCUUUUGUAUAUUGCUUUGUGGCAAUUGCACAAUGUACUGUUAGUGUACAUAAGUAAUACAAGUGGUGUUACUCUCAAGAUGGUGUGCUGUCAGUAGUAUGUUGCUUUCCUCUACUGGGCCAGCAUUGCUGCACGCGUUUAAAGAAAAAGUGCCUCUGUAAAUAUUAUGGGUGACAUCAGUCAUUGGACCUCAUAUUUAUCCUCUGGCACCUGUGACAUAGUAUUCUGCACAUGCAGGCUGCCCCUAACAUGGAUAAUGUGAACUGAAGUGUGGCACAGCCCAUCAGUGUGCUUCCUGCGCCUUCGGUUUUUGACUGCGGCCAAGAUUAAAGAAAAGCAUGUUCACAGUUUCUGGGGCCUACAUCAGUUUCCACCCACCAUUGCAGUGCAAAGUUGGGUCUUGUACCUCUGAAAAUAAAUGAUUUUUCAACCCACAA